AUGCUCUCCUCUUCUCACCGACAACCUCCGACGCAAGGCACCGGCACCGGCACCGGCACCAGCACCGAGAACUUAAUGUAUGUCAGAAAACUCAGCCGCUCUUGCUGCGAACAAGUCGUUAAGAAAGCACUCGCCACCAACGACCAAGAGAACUACCGCCUCCUCUCCACCAUCAAAGAAGGCCUCGAUAGUGACGAUAAUGAUGAUAGUAAUAAUGUUAUACAUCAAGGCGGUCAUAGAGAUACCAAUGGUGAUCAUGAUUGCGAUGACAAUGGUAACAGCUGCAUCGACGGUGGUGGUGGUGGUGGUGGCGUUAAUGUUGGUGGUGGUUACAAUGACAGUGAUGAUGGUGGUAGUGGUAGCAAUAUUGGUGGUGAUGGUGACAAUGACGAGCAGUGGGAGGAAAAACAUGAUAAAUCUCAGGAAACUACUAGAGAUGCCGCUAUCGAUUGUGGUGGUUUCGAUGACGUUGGUGUUGGUGGUGGUUGUGGUGGCGACGACAAAAGUAGUAUUGUUGAUAGUGGUGGUGGUGAUGUCAGUGAUAAUAAUAGUGGUGUUGGUUGUGACAACAUUGGUGGUGGUGACAAGUAG